GUGCGUUUGUCCGAUCUCGAUCUCCUGCGUUCAUGAGAGGCCUCUGAGGCGAGCAGUAUGUCAGUGCAUUUUGAUGAGAGGAGUGGAGUGAUCCCGUGUAAAACAGCAUGGGGCUCAUGGUAUCAGACUAUGGAAGAGGUUUUCAUCGAAGUCAAUGUUCCUCCUGGUACUUCAGCCAAAGAGAUCAAGUGUAACAUCGAGAGCAAACAGAUAGAGCUUCGUGUAAAAGAUCAACAGAUCUUCAAGGGGAAGCUGUUUGGAUCUACAGUCAGCGAUGAAGCAACGUGGACGUUAGAGGACAAAAAAUUGAUCCAAAUAAUUCUUAUGAAGACGAACCGAGAGGCUGGGAACUGCUGGCAGUCUCUUCUGGAGGGAGAGUACACAGCUGACCUGUGGGUGCAGGAUCAGAUGCAGAGGAAGCUCACGCUGGAGAGGUUCCAGAGAGAGAACCCUGGAUUUGACUUCAGCGGGGCAGAGAUCUCUGGGAACUUUCAUGGUGGUGGACCAGAUUUCUCCAACUUGAAAAAAUAAAAGGACUAUUGUCAUUACUGUA